AUGGCACUCCCUCCCAGGUACUGCCUCUUCCUGCUUGGCAUGCUGGGCAUCUUUGCACUCAAUUACCUUACCCAGGGUCAGACAAACAGCACACUCAUCUUCACAAAGGAAAACACCAUUCGGAACUGCAGCUGCUCUGCUGACAUCCGGGACUGUGACUACAGUUUGGCCAACCUGAUGUGCAGUUGCAAAACUGUCCUGCCCUUCGCAGUUGAGCAAGCCAGCUACGAUGGCCGUCUGACCAUCUGGUUCACGGACACGUUUACGCUGGGCCGUCUGUUGAACUUCACGCUGGUUCAGGACCUGAAGCUUUCCCUGUGCAGCACCAACACUCUCCCCACCGAAUACCUUGCCAUCUGUGGUCUGAAGAGGCUUCGUAUCAGCACCGAGGCCAAACAGCCCUUCCCAGAACAGAGCUUACUCAUCCACAGUGGAGGGAACAGCGACUUCAAAGAGAAGCCCACGUCGUUACACAGAGGGUGGCAGACAUGUUUGUAUGUCUCAUUCUUAGAUAUGGCUCUUUUCAACAGGGGCUCAUCCUUAAAAUCAUAUAGUAUUGAAAACGUUGCCAGCACCGCCAACAACUUUCCUGGCUUUUCUUACUUCAAGUCGUUCCCAGGGUCAAGCAACAAAAGCUAUGUUGUUACCUUUAUUUACUAACAUUAUAACUAUGAUGGGCCUCUGGGAACUUUGACAAACCAUGGAUAACCUGAACAAGGAAUCAGAAAAUAAGGUCAUGAGACAGGCGUCCUUCCCUACGACUAUGCCUCUCUCUCCAACCUCCACUAGCAACACAGACACACAUACAAAGAAAGCAGUUCUUUUGGCUCUACUCCGCACCCAACUGUGUGAGAUCUUUUGAAAAAUACGAAGCAACCAAACAACCAACCUGAUUCUUCUAGAGACAUGUCUUGGGAGCCAGCUACAGGCUACAUCUCUGCAA